AUGCUUGCAAGGCUGCUGGUGACGGCGGUUGUGCUGCUCGCAGCUGCCUUGGCUGCUUCCGCGUAUGGCCUGUACAGUGACGAGCACUUUGGAAACGAACAGGAGCGUUUACAAGCGUUGAUAGAGCGAAUGAAGGCGGAAGAGAACAGAUUAACACAGCAACAGACUACCACAGGGUCAGGACAUCAGGCAGGUGCUACGGAUAAGGGGACGGCAGUUGCGCAAUCCCAUGUGGUGUCGAGCAUCUCAUCAUAUCUCACGCAUCUGCCAGCCGCUCUCAGCAAGCUCCUGCCAUCAGCCGUCAACACUUACAUCGUGGGUCACAUCAUGCACUGCCUGCACCAGCAGCUACUGGCAGCCAGAACCGCCCUUCUCAAGCUGAAAAAGCGCACCUUCAUUUGCAUGGCACACAUCAUGCACAGCCUGCAUCAGCAUUCAUUAGCAGUCAGUUCUGCCCUGCUCAAGCUGAAGAAGGGCUCCCUUGACUUCACGGCCACUCAAGGCACCUCGGUUUGCCAAGCUGUCAGGCAUGUAUUUGCUGCUAAACCUGUUACAAUAGGCUCAACACCAGAGAGGACAGAUUUUUGUCGGCUGUCUGAUCAGAUUGACAAUCUGACGGCUCAAAUGAACUCCAAAAUGAACGGUUUGAUGCUGCUGCUGCAGGCAGUAAAGCGGGAAGUUGAGGCUGGUAGUCGGGUAAAGCAAGAGCAGAGAGAGCCAAACCAAGGCGGAGAGCUUAAGGGUGGACAAGAUGAGUUGGUUACACCAGGCAUGGGGGAGAGGGGGGUACAUGCUCCAGGCAUGUGGGAGAGGCUGGUACAGGCAGAGGUGCAGGAGGAAGGGAGGCAUCGGGAUGAGUUAUCUGAGUCGGGGAAGCUUUUUCUGGAAGAGGUGGUGGAGGAAUACAGUCGAGAGAUGGAAGAGUUGGGGGAGAGGGAGGAGAGGGAGGAGAUGAAGGAGGUGGAGAUUACGAAAGGUGACGUAGAGAGGUUGAGGAAUGAGGUGGCAGGAAGGGUGAGGGUGGAGGAGGAGGGGGAGAGAGACAUGAAUAUCCUGAGGAGGGAGGUUGAGGUUCUGAAGUGUGGAUUCGGUGAUGCAAGGAAAUGCAUGGAGGAGCUGAGAGAUGAUGUGAAGGCAGAAAUGGCUGUGCUGAGAAGGGAGGUCGAGGUUCUGAAGUGCGUCAGUAGUGAUGUAAGGAAAUGCCCGGAAGAGCUGAGGGCUGAGUUGAAGACAGAAAUGGCUGUGCUGGUGGCGCAGAGAGAGAGGAGGAUUUUGGACAGGUUGGAUGAGUUGAGGGAUGAGAUGUAUGGAUGGAGGCGUGAGGUGGAAGAGGGAAGGGUGGUGGUGGCAGAGAGGAUGAGGGAGGUGAGCGAGGAGGUGGACACGGGGAAGGCAGAGGUGGCAAGGAGGUUGAUUGAGUUGCAACAACGCCUGGAUGAGAGGAAAAUGGAGGCAAUCGGCGGUGCGGCCACCACAAUGGAUGAUGGGGAAAGGGUGGAAGUGUUAAGUGCUCGGCUGGAGAGCUUCCGGGAUGUUGCUACGAGGGUUGAGGGGGAAAUCCAAGCUCUGUGGGAGGCGUUUCACAGUGUUGGACUGUGA